AUGACUCGUUCACCGAAAACUCGAACAAAUAAUUCAGACACUCGUAGAAAAAAACGUAAACGUUCAUCAUCUUCGGAGUCCGAUAAUUCUGAUCAUGAUCAACGUUAUCGUCGCCGACAACAACAAGAUCAUCGUUCAAAUAUUCGUAUUAAAGAAGAACCAAUCACUGAUGAUGAUUCUCGAAGAAAAGAGCGACCACCCUUUCCUAGACAACAACAACAACAACAUUCGAAUAACCGUCAAAAAGAAAAAUCUUCGUAUGAAUGGGGUCCUCGCCAGCAAGUCAAGAAUGAAGAUGAACAAUCGAAAAUUGUUGAAAGAGAAAAGCCAAAUUUUGGUCUAUCCGGUGCACUGCUAAAAGAUACAAAUUUAUAUCGUGGUGUUGUUAUUAAGUACAAUGAGCCAAUCGAAGCACGUAAACCUAAGCGUCGUUGGCGUUUAUAUGUAUUUAAAGGUGAAGAAGAACUACCAUUGUACCAGAUACAUCGUCAAUCGGCCUAUUUAUUUGGUCGUGAGAGAAUGAUUGCUGAUAUCCCGAUUGAUCAUCCAUCUUGUUCAAAACAACAUGCCGUAUUGCAAUAUCGCCUAAUGGAUUAUAAACGUGAUGAUGGUUCAUCGGGUAGACGUGUUGUUCCAUACAUCAUUGAUUUAGGCUCAGCUAAUGGGACAUUCAUCAAUAAUAAAAAAAUAGAAAGUCAACGAUAUUACGAACUAAAAGAAAAUGAUGUGAUUAAAUUUGCAUUUAGUACGAGGGAAUACGUAUUGUUACAUGAAGAUUCAGCCACCAGUAUUUUGCGAGAAGGUGAAGAAGAUGAGGGUAUCGAAAAUCCUGAAAAAGAUACUAAAGAAGAAGUUGAUACUAAAAAAUAG